GUUCUUGGAAGCCGAGGCAGCUGUGCCUGCGGGGCCGCCGCCGCCGCGCCGGAGCCCGGGACGCUCGCCGCCCACCCUCUCCGGCUCGGCUUCCUCUCGCCCGGGCGCCGCGCGCCUACCCCGCCGCUGGCUGCGCCCCCCAGCUCCACGGUGGAAAAAAAAAAAGUGAGGGUGUAAAAGCAACUCAUUAAAUGCCAUUUCCUCAAAUUUGCAUCAAGAUGAAAACCUUCUGCCUCAGGGUGCCCUUCUGGGUGGCGCUGGUUGGAUGUGUAAUGAGCGACAAUCCUGAGAGCCAUGGCACAAAUCUAAGCGCUCCUGUGGACGCUUUCACCACUUUUCGUGGGACAGAGCUCAGCUUCCUGGUCACCACCCACAGGCCCACUAACUUGGCUCUACCCAGCAAUGGCUCAAUGCACAAUUAUUGUCCACAGCAGACUAAGAUUACUUCAGCUUUCAAAUACAUUAACACUGUGAUAUCUUGUACUAUUUUCAUCGUGGGAAUGGUGGGGAAUGCCACUCUGCUCAGGAUCAUUUACCAGAACAAGUGUAUGAGGAAUGGCCCCAACGCGCUGAUAGCAAGCCUUGCCCUUGGAGACCUUAUCUAUGUGGUCAUUGAUCUCCCUAUCAAUGUGUUUAAGCUGCUGGCUGGGCGCUGGCCUUUUGAUCACAAUGACUUCGGCGUAUUUCUUUGCAAGCUGUUUCCCUUUUUGCAGAAGUCCUCAGUGGGGAUCACUGUCCUCAAUCUCUGUGCUCUCAGCGUUGACAGGUACAGAGCAGUUGCCUCCUGGAGUCGUGUUCAGGGAAUUGGGAUUCCCUUGAUCACUGCCAUUGAGAUUGUCUCCAUCUGGAUCCUUUCUUUUAUCCUGGCCAUCCCUGAAGCCAUUGGCUUUGUCAUGGUGCCCUUCGAAUACAAGGGUGAACAGCACAAAACCUGUAUGCUCAAUGCCACAUCGAAAUUCAUGGAGUUCUACCAAGAUGUAAAGGACUGGUGGCUCUUCGGGUUCUAUUUCUGCAUGCCCUUGGUGUGCACCGCAAUCUUCUACACCCUCAUGACGUGUGAGAUGUUAAACAGAAGGAAUGGUAGCUUGAGAAUUGCCCUUAGUGAACACCUUAAACAGCGUCGAGAAGUGGCAAAAACGGUUUUCUGUUUGGUCGUAAUCUUUGCUCUUUGCUGGUUCCCUCUUCACUUAAGCCGUAUUUUGAAGAAAACCGUGUAUGAUGAGAUGGACAAGAACCGAUGUGAAUUGCUUAGUUUCUUGCUCCUCAUGGAUUACAUCGGUAUUAACUUGGCAACCAUGAAUUCAUGUAUAAACCCAAUAGCUCUCUAUUUUGUGAGCAAGAAAUUUAAAAAUUGUUUCCAGUCUUGCCUCUGCUGUUGCUGUCACCGGUCCAACAGCCUGAUGACCUCAGUCCCCAUGAACGGAACAAGCAUCCAGUGGAAGAACCACGAGCAAAACAACCACAACACCGAGAGAAGCAGCCAUAAGGACAGUAUAAACUAAACAUCUUAAGAAAGGUGCAUCGAUAUCUUUUCAAAUUCUAUUGGAGAAAAAAACACACAACCACUGUGUCUCCAAAAGUUUCUUCUCCGAUUCUUCUCCUAUAACUCAGUUCCACCCCUGGAAAAUGCUUUCCAAAACAUUGAAGGGUGGACUGGUUUACACCCACAAAAUUAUCAAUUUGCAUAUUCUGCAGGUUAUAUUUGGCACUCAAAAAUGGUGGGAAUUAGCAGGGGAAAAGGAGACUCUUCGAUUAAGCCAGGAGGGUAUUUAUUACUUCUGCAUGAAAAUGGAAUUUUCAAGUACAUGACUACCUUUCAUGUCAGUUCUGAACAUUGAAUGGUCAGUGAGAACUGGUCAUCGUGAAAGUUUAAAGAUUAUGACAAGGUUUUCUAUUUUUGUAUGUGAUUUUUUUAUUUUUGGCCAAAUACAGUAUAGGUUUAAGUCACCUUUAUUUGAAAUGUCAUUCAGUGCCAGUAUUUUUUAACUGCAUGGUAGCCUAAAAAUGAUUGAGUUAUUUACACAUAUUUUGCAAAAAAAAAAGAAUUCAGGUGAACAAUUAAGUUAAUGUUUUUCAUGUCACUGUUUUAUUUCUAUAGCAUGAUUCUCAAGCUGAAACAAAUCCAGGCACUUAAAGCACAGACUGAUAUCCUUAUAUGUCAGUUUAAUAGUCAUCAUUCAAAGAAUUUUUGAGAACCUAUAUUUAAGAAAAUAUAAGUUUCAUUACAGGAGAUCUUGAGCAUAUUCUAUGUGAAACUUUAAGACAAUGCUUGAAUCAGAUAGAUAUUUUUCACAAACUCAAUCUUUUUUAAUGUAAGUAUUCUAUGUAAAGUCAAUAUCACGCACCCAAAUUCAAAUGUACACAUCAUUUAACAAUGCCCAAGACUUUCAGUGCAAUGCACAGAAGUCUAAAGCACACCUGGUAGAAAAGGAUUCUUUUUAGAAGAUUUGGAAAUUUUCAUUAAGGUUUUUUUUUGGAAUAAUAACAUGUAAAUGUAUCUGUGUGCAUGUAUAUGUACACAUAUAUAUACAUUAUACAUAUCACUUCAUAUUUUUUUGAUUUAUUUUAAAAUGUUAACUGGCAGUAAGACUUUUUUGGUCAUUCCCUUUUCCAUAUAGGAAACGUAAUUUCAAAGUGGCCAGCUAAGUUUAUCAUGUCAGUGAACUAUAAUUACCCCCAAAUCACCAUGAACUUCGGUUCUUCUCUGGGUUUCCAGUAUGAACCUCUACACCUCCCCCACUGCCUCUGCUCACAUGGUCACCAUUUCAAAGAGCCCACAGUGAUUUGGGUGGGAUUUCUCAAGAUGUUUACAGACUGUGAGUACAGCAGAAAAUCUUUCACUGUGUGUAUGUAAAUAUAUAUAAACUGUACAUUUCUUUUAGCCAAUUUUUCUGUAAUUGUUUCUAUGAAAUGUAUUUGUGUUUGUGAUAUAUGCAUGUGUGUGAUGGUCCGCAUGAACCUAAUGUAAUCUAAUAAUAAUGCCCUGUAGUUGUGCUAAAGCACACACUCUAAGUGGAAUCUAGGUGGUUGUUCAUCAUGACAAUUGACCUCAGUUUUAAUCUACCUGUGUUCAUAACUUUGUGACAAUGUUACCAUUACAGAUGCAAUAUGGAGGUGGCUUGAAAGGGGAUGAGCCGUGGGUUAAUAGGGUUUUGUUUGGUUGGUUGGCUAAGGCAAUAUUUUGAGUUGUCUUUUUUUCUGUGCUUGAGCAAAAGUCAUUAAACUUUGCAAUAUUAUGUUGUCCCAGUCCUCAACUAAAUGUGGUCAUGAGAUUGACAAGUGGUCUGAUGUUUCUAUUAGACUUCACCAGACAGAUUACUGAUGUUAAAUUAGCUAAGCUGAUUUGUUGGGCUCCAUUUUAGCACAGGAAUGUAUAAAAUGAUACCAGAUUCCAACUUAUCCAAUUGGGGCUCCUUUACAUAUGAGCAGUCAAAUUCCAUUACUCUACCGGUGCAUCACAAGCAGCAAUAUAUUCCUGUAAUAUAAACUAUAUGUUCACACCCUUUUGUUUAGACAAAUGUAUUUUUUCUUAAUGCCUUGUUUCUUGCAUAUGGAAAAUGCAUUUUACAAGCUCAAAAAGUCAUACAUUUCUGAAUAACCACACAGGCCUCAGUGUGCAUUUUGUUUAUGCCCAGUAAGUAAAUGUGGUUUAAUAGUCGGAAUAUUUCUACCUUUAUCACGUCUUUCCAAGUAAAUCUGUAGAAGUGAGCCAGAAACCAAGGCCCUGUCUUGGCAGUGGUCCAUAAAUAUAAAAUAAAAGUUUACAGAAGC